AGUGAUCUUAUUGGCCAACUGAGGUCACAUGUUGGUCUCUCUGCUACAGCAGCAGAACGCAGGACGGACGCAUUACCGACACUGCAGUGACUGACCGGAGCAUCAUUCCACCUUCACAUUUAGAUCAACUCUGUCAAACUGAAGAACUGCUUUUUAGCAGCUAUGCCUUCUCCACUUCGUCAUCGCUUCGUGCGAGUCUUUGUGAACGACGAUCGGCACGUGAUGGCCAAGCACUCUGCUGUCUAUCCCACUCAGGAGGAGCUGGAGGCAGUGCAGAAUAUGGUCUCCCACACCGAACGAGCCCUCAAGGCCGUCUCUGAUUGGCUGGAUGAGCAAGAGAAAGGAAAUUCCAAGGAAGACACCAUGGAUGCCAUUGAAGAUGGAGAGAAAGAGACUGAGCCCAAGUCCAUGGAUCAGCCCACUCGGUCGCUACGUGGAGUGAUGCGCGUGGGUCUGGUAGCUAAAGGUCUGCUGCUUAAGGGAGACCUUGACCUGGAGCUUGUGUUGUUGUGCAAAGACAAGCCGACCAUCACCUUGCUGAACAAAGUGGCCGAGAACCUUGAAGAGCAGCUUAAGCUCAUCACAGAAGAAAAAUAUGACAUCAGUCCGUGUGUCCAUGAUGCCUGCAUCACCAUCAAAAACUCCAAAGAACAACCCUUGACCCUCACCCUCCUCCUGACUUCACCGCUUGUGAGGGAAGGGGCUGAGAAAGAGACUACUGAAGAAACGCAAUCAGUCAUCGAUCCUCCGGAUGUUCUGGACAGGCAGAAAUGCCUGACUGCUCUGGCGUCUCUCCGCCACGCAAAGUGGUUCCAGGCCAGGGCUAAUGGACUGCGCUCCUGUGUGAUUGUCAUCCGUAUCCUGAGGGACCUGUGUGCUCGUGUUCCCACCUGGGCCCCUCUGCGAGGAUGGCCCUUAGAACUGCUUUGCGAGAAAGCGAUUGGCACUGGCAACCGGCCAAUGGGAGCAGGGGAAGCCCUGCGCAGAGUUCUGGAGUGUCUUUCCUAUGGUAUCCUCAUGGCAGAUGCUUCUGGAAUCAGUGACCCUUGUGAAAAGGAACCAACAGAUGUCAUUGGUCACCUGAAUCGCCAGCAACGAGAGGACAUCACACAGAGUGCUCAGCAUGCCUUAAGGCUUUCAGCUUUUGGGCAGCUGCACAAAGUACUUGGUAUGGACCCUCUGCCCUCAAAAAUGCCCAGGAAACAACACAGUGAAACCCUUAUUGAAUACACAGCUCAAAUUCCUCCCAGCACAACCUAUGUUCAUCCAAUGAAACGUCCCAUGGAAGAGGAGGAUACAAUGGAUGAGAAGAAUCCAAACAAGAAAAAGAAGAAAUUGCAAAAGAAAUCAUCAGAGGAUAAAGCAGAACUGCCACAAGCGAUGAACGCCCUGAUGCGUCUGAACCAGCUGAAACCAGGCCUACAAUAUAAACUCAUCUCUCAGACUGGUCCGGUCCAUGUGCCGGUGUUCACCAUGGCCGUAGAGGUGGAUGGGAAGAGCUUUGAAGCCUCUGGCCCUUCCAAGCGCACUGCAAAACUGCAUGUAGCUGUUAAAGUCUUGCAGGAUAUGGGUCUGCCCACGGGAGAGCAGCCGAAGGUCGCUGAACUAGUGAAGCAAGAAGAGUUGACCACUGAAGAGGCUAUACCAACUCCGGUGACCCAAAUGGAGCCAGAGCCCGUAGCUUCAACACCAGCCAAUACGGACAACACCACCACCACCACCACCACCACCGAUGAGAGUGCUCGACAGCAGGGCCCCAUCCUCACCAAACAUGGAAAGAACCCCGUUAUGGAGCUCAAUGAAAAACGCAGAGGACUGAAGUACGAGCUCCUCUCCGAAACAGGUGGAAGCCACGACAAACGCUUUGUAAUGGAGGUGGAGAUCGAUGGACAGAAGUUUCAGGGCUCGGGAUCCAAUAAGAAGGUCUCAAAAGCUUAUGCAGCUCUUGCAGCUCUUGAAAAACUGUUCCCAGAAGGCUCCAGCCCAGAUCCAAACAAGAUGAUGGAUCCAAUGCACAACACUGGAUUUGGGAUGGUUGGUGGACCUAACGAUCCUACAGCCAAUCCCAGGGGCAGAGGAAGAGGGCGUGGCAGGGGCCGUGCCAGAAAAUUUUACAAUGGUGGAUUUAACCAAGGUGGAUUUGGAUCAUAUGGAUAUGGAAACAACAACAACAACUCUGGCUUCAAUUUCUAUAAUAAUGGAGGAUCCAAUGGAGGUUCAGUAACUUUAGGUCCUCCUGGAACAGUCAGCCCAGACAUGAACGCUUCCUCUGGGGCAACAGCAGGAGUGGGUGGCUAUAGCUCGUAUUACCAGAGUGACGGGGGCUACACUUCCCCGGCUGUCACAGCCAAAACGGCCGGUAAGAAGCCACCCAUGUUCCAGGGCAACAAAGCUCAAGGAUCGGGAAAUCUCGCAGGUCAAGGGGGAGCAGGUUCUUUCGGUCAGUACAAUCAGGGCUUCGGACAGGGCAAGAAGAAUUUCGGCCAGGCUCAAGGUGGAGGAGCAACUGGGAACUUCAACUAUAGCACGGCUUACCCCUCGCAGGUGACUGGUGGGCAAGACUACAGCUACGAAGGUUACAGCAACCAAUCAAACUACAGCACACAGGGCGGAGCCAACCAGGGCUUUGGUGGUAGCUCCACCCCCUACAACAGCGGAACAGUGGGAUAUGGGCGAGGAGAUCCCAAUAUGAACUACCAGUACCAAUAAACCUGCCUUCUCAUAUGUAUGUGUGCUCCUGUACCAUGAUUCCCAAACAAUAGUUUCAUUUAUUUGAUUAUAACGUUCUUGAUUUAAUUUCUGAUCACCAACGAAAAAACAUGGAUGUAAAAAAAAAAAAAAAAAAAUUACAAAAAAUAUAGUUUCUAUACUUUGUGCUAAAUAGUGUAUUUCUAUGUUUACUUUUAAGUUUGUUGCUUUUUUUUGUAUGGUUUCUAUAAGUCCUUGAACUCUCCUAAGCUUUUGUCCAAAGCAGAGCAUGAGAAGACCCUGUUGUUAAUAUGCAGUGACCGGACAUGUGGUCCUUUCAGAAAUGUAAAAAAUAUGAUAUGCAUAAGUUUAAUUUUGUUUUAUAAUUAUUUUUUGCCCUUCAUUUCACUGCUAAGCUAUUAUUGGCCGGCAACAUUUCAUAACUUCCCCCCUUCCUUUUAAAUUAUAAAUGCAGAUGUAACAUUGUUUUAAACGGUUACGUGAAUGUGGAGGUUAUAACGUGUCCGGUUGUAGCGUUUGGCCAUUUUGGGGGGGUCCUUUAUUUUUCAGAACAAUGUUUAAGAUUGUGUGGUGUUUGUAAUAAAAGGAUUUUAUUUUGGAGGAUUUCUGAUCGGUUUUAUGUAG